AUGCAAUUUUUUACCAACUUUUUAAAAAUUUUCUUGGACUUCCGAGAUGUUCGAAAAAUUGUUAAUACAUCAAAAAUAAAUAAAGGGAUGUCUGUUAACAAAUUCUUAUCAGCAAUUCGUUCUAAAGAGAGUAGUAAUAAUUAUCAAGCACAAAAUUCACGGAGUUCUGCUUCUGGAGCCUAUCAAUUUAUUGAUAAAACAUGGAAAAAUCUAGGUGGAUCAACAAUACAUGCAAAAGAUGCUACUGUUGAUGAACAAGACCGAAUUGCAGAGAAUUAUGCCAAGCAUCUUCUAAAAAAGUAUGGUAACGAUUACCAUAAAGCAGCAAGAGCAUGGAAUCAAGGUGAACCUACAGCAGAAAAGGAUCUGAAUGCUGGCAAGACAUAUGCCGAUGAUGUUAUUCAACGAAUGAAUUAA